GUGACUGAAAGAAUACAGGAAUUAUCUCAUCUCCAGGAAGAAGAGAAAGUUCAAGUGAUGGCAGUCAACCCACAGCACCUGCACCUGGCUGAAGUCACCACUGAGCACUUCAUCAGCGUAUGGGAGCGCUACCACGGAAAUGGCUGGAUUGAAGGAAAGGAGCUGGGGAGUUUUUUCAAGGAGUUGGAGGCAGUGCUGAGGGGAACCAACAUGGAUUCUGCGAAUGGAGCUUUAAAAGAGAAGACACAAGAGUUCAUGAAGAAGUUUGAGAAGAACGCUGAGAGAAAGAUCGAGAUGUCAGAGGUGGCUCAGGUCCUGCCUACUGAAGAGAACUUUCUGCUGUGUUUCAGGCAGUUCUUGGGAUCCAGCAUUGAGUUCAUGAUGGCGUGGAGGAAAUACGACACGGACCGCAGUGGAUUUAUUGAGUCAAACGAACUAAAGAAUUUUCUAUUUGACCUCCUGAAGAAAACGAACAGACACUAUGAUGACAAAAAGAUGAAUGAGUACACACAGACUAUUCUGAAGAUAUUUGAUUUGAACGGUGAUGGAAAACUGGGACUGUCUGAGAUGGCCAGGCUGCUUCCAGUACAAGAGAACUUCCUGCUCAAGUUCCAGAGCUUCAAACUGUCCUUGGAUGAGUUUGAUGACAUCUUCACUUUCUACGAUAAGGAUGGAAACGGCUACAUUGAUGAACAGGAGCUGGAUGCGCUGCUGAAGGAUCUGUACCAAAAACACAAAAUGGAGGCAGACACAGGAAGCCUGGCCAGCUCAAAGAAGAGCAUCAUGGCUCUGUCUGAUGGAGGAAAACUUUUCCGUACUGAGCUGGAAAUCGUUCUGUGCAAGGAUCCCCCUGUCUGAUCUCUGACCCUUGACCCUGUCAUCCCAUCCCACUCAAUGCAGGUGCAUGUGCAUGUUCCAUCUGAUCAAAUGUAUUUAACGCUACAUUGAGAAGUUGCUCAUAUAUACAUACAUUUGAUCACUUUACAUCUGAACUAAAUCUCCUCCAUUAGUUAAACACUUCACAUGUUCUGAGUUACACUGAUACUCUAUUACUGUUCUCUCUCUCUCUCUCUCUCUCUCUCUCUCUCUCUC